CAGCGGCGCAAUUGUUUAUCAUCUGUUUGCAUCUCCGUCUGCUACAGUGGUGUCUGUGGUUUCCGCUGGCCUGUGCUUGCACCGGUGUAAGUUCUUUACGCGAAGCAAUGAAUACGGGCUCACAUUGUAUCUAACUUUUCUCCGCUGCUUGUUCUUUGCACGGCCUCCUGCCUUGGUAGGCUGUUGUUUCGACGAUGGCUUGCAGCGUCGCAAAAACAAGAUACUUAAGACCGCUCUUGAUGCCCCGCUUUACGGCAGCGCUAUUUGCAGAACGCCGAUUACAUCACAACGGUCUUGUAGCGUUGCCAAAGUCACCUCUCUUGUUGACAAGCACCGAUCGUAAUGAGAAGGCCUUGACUCGCCGGAUAACAAACCUAACCCAUGGUGAUCGCUACAGAAAAGGCGGCAUCGGGACACCGAACUACGACGUUAUCACAGAACCAGGCAACGUCAGUCCCAUGCAAUAUGUUCCUGACAGCAUCGCCAAGCCGAGCUACGCCGACAGCGGCAUAGUUGUAGGAGUGCCCAAAGAACUGGAAAUCAAGACCGAAGAACAGGUUGCCCGUAUGCGAGAAUCGUGUCGUCUUGCUAAGAUGGUCCUCAGCCGGGUAUCCAAGCAAGUCAAGGCUGGGGUCACCACAGAUGAGCUGGACAGGUACGCCCACAAGCUGUGCAUCGAGAGCAAUGCCUAUCCAUCGCCGCUCAACUACCGUUGGUUCCCGAAGUCUGUGUGCACCUCAGUGAACAAUGUAGCCUGCCACGGAAUCCCAGAUGACAGGCCAUUGCGUGAUGGGGACAUUAUCAGUAUUGAUGUCAGCGUGUUCUAUAAUGGCUACCAUGGAGACUGUGCCGAGACCUUAAUGGUUGGCCACUCUUUGGACGAGAGGGGCAAGGCAUUGGUGCAGACGGCUCGUGAGUGCCUGGAUAGGGCCAUCAGCAUCUGUGGUCCUGGCCAGAAGUUCAGUGAAAUUGGCAGAGUGAUCAGCAUUGUGGCAGCCCAGGCGGGCUUCACAGUUGUGCCUGCAUUCUGCGGCCAUGGCAUUGGUACCUACUUUCACGGACCGCCUGACAUCUACCACUUUGACAAUGAUGAAAAAGGAGAAAUGCUCGAAGGGCUCGUGUUCACGAUUGAGCCAGUGAUCACAGAAGGAAGCCCCGACAUUGCCAUCAUGGAAGAUGGCUGGACAACCGUCACUGUUGACAACAGCCGUACUGCACAGUUUGAGCACACUGUAUAUAUCUGUAGUGAGGGUGUCGAAGUUUUGACUGUUCUCUGAGAGGUUUAGAAAUAGCACGUGGUUGGGCAGGAUGGUUUGAGACGUAGCUCUCUGAGCUCAGCCCUGUUGCUGUGAGCAAAGCAAGCCAACACCUAGGUGCGUCCUGUAAGAAGUUACAUGCCACAAAUUUGGGUUCGGGUUGUCAGUGAUAAUCCACCAAAGGCACCUUGAGGAAGUGCUUGCAGCUUGGUGGUUCUGAAAAACACCCUUUAGUUCUUGCUGAAGUUAAACUCUCCAGACCCGUAACCUUAAUUAACAUUUAGUUUUGGUUUGUGUUCAUAUGGUUCUGAUAGAAAAUACUGAUACUUGUGAUUUCCGAUAACUAGAUUGUGUGCUGGGCACUGUGAGCAUUUUUUACUGGUUUCAAUUCGGUCACUGGCUGCUGGCAAUUAGUGAUAUGGCAGCCAUUCAAGAAUGUAUCUCAGAUCAGUUAUAGCUGAGAAAUUUCGACAUGACUUAGAAACGCAGGGUGGGCCAUGACCUCACAUUUGAGACCGUCUCCGAGCUUCAAUGCUGUGGAACUUAUACAACCUGAUUCAGCCCCCAAGCAUAGGCUUCUAAAGCAUUGGAGCCUGGCCCCAUGAAAAGACAGCCAGUUCAGCAGCAGAAAACCAGCAGCUAGUUAACUCAGCCUGAAGCACCAACCUCACUGUGCUCAAUUGAUCUCAUUUAAGUUGGGUAUUGUCAGGUGGAUGCAGGCUUUCCAUUGUAGAUAUUUAUUGCGCCUUGGAACUUUAUCGUAAAUGUUGGAUGCAGUGAAACCACAAGUGGUAGUUGAAUAGCCCCAAAGUUGCCAGCUUGUUACUUAGAGAAGAACAAUAGUAACUGCACUGUUAGUGGGCACCGUACACAAAGUGGACAUCGCUGCUGUCAGUAGUUGCAACCAGUUUCUCUGUGGGUAAGGACAUUAUUGAAGUAUGGUCAAGAGUUCUACAACCACUUGUAUGUUAGGUACGAAGGCAAAUGAUUUUGGUCACUGACCAAGUAAAAAGAUUGUUUGAUGAUUUGGAUACCAUGCACUUUUCUUGUGAACAGGAAACCUGUAUGAGUCAUAACCUUUACCCUCAGUCCAGCUUCAACUAACUACAGGCUUGGUCAGUGAUUUUAAUUGUUUGUUUUUCUGACUGCAUUACACCUUUUUAUGUUUUGUGCACCUUUAAAGGGACACUAAAGGCAAAUACUAAGUUGACGUAGACUGUUUAAAUACCAUUCCAGAAACCUCGCAACGCUUGUUUAGUGCCGAGAAAAGACUUAGUUUAUGAGAAAAUUGCAUCUGAAAGGUCUAAACCUUUUUCAAAAUUCAAAUCUCCCGCCACCCAACCAGGGGAGUGGUGACGUUGCAUAUG